AUGCACCAACGAGCCUACAGUAAGACGAAGCGCGCCGCGAUUGCCGAGUUGAACGGGACGGUGGCGCCGAAGAGAAUGGCCGCCCAGGUUUUGCCUGACCCCUACACGCUGCACGACUCGUUUCGCGGUGGCGGCGGAGGAGAACCUCCAACUAGACCGGUAAACACUCGAGUGUCUACUCAGAAAACGUCUAUGUUAGAAGAACAUCCAAUUGAACUUUGUAAACAAAAAUUCUGACUCAGAUGUAAUUAAAAAGUAAUUUAAGUGAACAGAAGAGGUCAUUGUAAUUUUUGAUUUUUCUGGAAUUCAGCCUACAUAUUUUUCAUGUAAAGGACGAAGCUUCUCAAGGACACAAAAAUUAAAAUCGGAAAAAUGCUGAUGAGAUAACUUGCUGAGUAUGCAGUUCCGAGCUUUUUUUGCUACACGCUAGCGGUGAAUGGAGUGUAAGUCAAGCAAGACUCAAUUGGCGAUUUGUCACAAAUAUCGAGACAUUCAGAGAAGUAUCAUCUGAUUAAUAGUGAUGAAAAAAGAUAUUUUCGCUCUUGUUCAAGACGAUGCCCAUUCCAAAGAAAAAUCGGGAAAAGUACCUGAAAUGAUGAUUCAGGCGGUGCAAAAUGGGACGUCGCUGUCGUCGUUCGACGUGUCUGGAGGCACUCAGCAACAGCCGAACUCCGUUCUGCGCGUCAUCAUCGAGAACAUGAUCUAUCCGGUGGCUCUCGACGUCCUCCACGCGGUAUUCCUUCUCUUCAAUUUCUUCAUUUUUCUUGUUUCUUCAGCUGUUCACAAGGUUCGGCAAGGUCCUGCGCAUCAUCACCUUCAACAAAAACAGUUUUGCGCAUUUCAUGAAUUAAGAAAAAAAAAUUGUUUCAGACACUUUCCAAGCACUCGUGCAAAUGAGCGAAGCCAACGCCGCGCAGGUGGCCAAACAGAAUCUCGAGAAUCAGAACGUCUACAAUGGGUUUGCUCUUUUUUCAACAAUGAACUCUCGAAACUUAUUCUUUCAACUGUUUUUUUCCUUUCUUGAGUCAUGAAGAAGUUUGUUUUAAAAUUUAACUUAACUUAAAAAUAUCAUCUACUAUAGCUGAUUCACCGCUGGCUUGAGUCAUCGAGAAGUGGGUCCUGACACGAUAAUGCACAAGAGAGUGGCGGGCUCGUGGAGAGCGCAGAUUUUUGAAUUUUUUUAUAUGAGACGGCGGUUUGAAAUUAACUUAACUUUGAGUUAGGUAUGAAAUACUGGAUGAGGUUAUGUCGCAUAAAUUCAAAUAAUUUCCUCAAAAAAAUACUCAUAUAAAAGUUUUAAAAAAAUCAGAAACAAUAAGGAUUUUUUUUAUUAUCUUUCAAGCUGUUAAAAAAAAGCUGCAUUUUCAGAUGUUGCACAUUGCGAAUUGACUACAGCAAGUUGAGCACACUGAACGUCAAGUACAACAACGACAAAAGUCGCGACUACACCAAUCCGAACCUUCCUUCAGGCGACAUGACCCUCGAGCAGCAAUUAGCCUUGGGUUCCACAUAUCCAGCUUUCUUUUACCUGGAUGAUCUCGUUCAGGAACGAUACCUGGUCUGCAGUCACUCAUGCCUACGGCGUCGCCUUAUAAUUUUGCAUUCGGCACAAAUCCGGCGACCACAGCUUUCAUUCAACCACAAUUGACCACGACGGGUCAGUCAUUGACUUUGACGCACAAAUGAAAGAAAAUAUUGAAUUGAAUAUCAAGAGUGGGCCAUUCAGACACAUCUGCGCAGUACCUGCCGAGCCUCGGACUGGCGGCAGCGACGGCUGCGGCGGCGGCUGCCUUGUCGCCGGCCAUCUCGACUUUGCGAUUCCCUGUAGGUCUGCUCUCGAGCACGUCCGUCGUCCUCGUCUCGAACCUCAACGAAAACGUGAGUUCCGUCUUCUUUUUCUACCGGCCACCCCUUCAAUCAAAAGUCCCUUGGCUUCGUUUUCUACCUUUUCGUUUAACAAUUUCAUGAUGGCUCGAUGCGUGUGGAUAGGCUAACAUCUUUUUCGAGAUUCUUUUCUCCGUUCUUUUUUCCUGAUUCUCUACAAGGAAUUGUACGCCGAGGCGCGUCAGAAGUUUUCCAAACCAUUCUAGUUUCAGCCUAACUUCUAUUGGAGAAACUCGUACAAAUAUUGAUUUUAAUCACUUUUUUUAGGAGAAGUAGAAAGAUAACUUUUCAUCUCAAUAACCUUCUUGCGAUAACUUUUGUUGAUAAAAUAUGCUAGAAAUCAUUAGAAAUUUAGUUUUUGAAGUUCAAAAAAACAUGGGUACUUCAAUGAAAAGUUUCUGAUUCUGUACAAUUUUUUAGAAAUCUUCGAACAAAAAGACGUCUUUGGCGACUGCCUGAAAAAAAAUUUAAAAAACAAUUUUAUUUCUUUGAAUUAUGCUACACCGCACUCUUCCCGCUAAUUCAGUAAAUUUGCAUGACUUCAAGACAAAAACUUUAACUUGAGAAACUGCAGAAAAAGUAAAUGUAGGUAGUACAAAAGCCCAUCUUCACGCAUUCGAGGCCAAAUCCAAUUUUUACUUUUUAUUUUCGUUUUCGCUUUUUUUUUUCGCCUUCGAUGUACCGAGCAUGCACUCUCUAGCUGUGCGUUCGUGGCUUCCUCCUUGACUGAGAAAUUAGAAAUAAGUGUAGAACGAAAAUGAAAAGUGAAGAUGAGGGAUUCCUUUGUUUGCUGUCGCCUAUUUCUUCCUUGAUUUCAGAAGGUCACAACUGACGCUCUCUUCACUCUGUUUGGUACGUUUCACGCACGAUUCUUCUAUUUUUUCCCUUUCCACACCACUUGCCAAACAUUUUUUCCACUUUUUCAUCUUUUUGGAUUGUUGCUAUGAGCCUUGACUUGCAUAAUCAGUUUCGUUUUCUCUCAAAAUUGAAUUAAUAAUUACUUUCUGAGGCCCUUAAAAAUCGCUCAGAUGAAAGUGAAGAAAAUCAUUAAUCAGGCACCUAAAACUAAUUAUUUUGCAUUUGAAACGAGUAUUUUUACACAUUACUCGCAACUGUGUAUUAAUUUCUAAAUACGGCUUAGAGAUGAGAUAUGGAAGACGGUUUCUAACAAAUUGUAAGCAGCGAAAUUGAUGGCUCAAUUCUCGACUCAUUUUUGACGCGGCUCUGGUGCGUGAAGUGAUGUACGAGUGUGGGCGAAAUUUCCUCCUUCCGUUUCGCUUAAUUGAGCAUUCUCAAACGAUACUGCCACCUAACUAAGGACAGCAAUUUCAUUUCGAAGGCAAAUGACACUUUACACUUUUUCGAAAUGAGCCAAUAUACUUAGGGAAGCUUCCUGAAAAACAAACCCAAUCAAGAAAAACCGCAGUAAAAACGAAAAAACUCAUCUUCAACUGUUCAGUCAAAAUCAAACAAUAUUAUUUUUACACAUAAUGCGAAAAAUAGAAAACUCGCUUUCAAGAAGUCAUUUUAAACUAUUUUCAUACAGAAACUUUUUGAAAAUCUGUUUAAAAUCGCUAUAACCAUUCUACAAUGAAGGAAAAAAGGUCAUUUUUGCUGAAUACGGUUUCUUUUAAUUUUUAAAAACGCACUGAUAAGCUUUCAAAUGAAUAAAAUAAAUCGAACUCACUAAGUAUUCGUGUAAUUUGGGGCAACGCUUCCUAUAAUAAUUUCGGGCCGUCAACUCAUUGAAAUAGGCUUUUCUCCUGGGAAAAUGAAGGUGUGAAGUGUGGAUGCCAAUGGCUGACUUGCACAACUCAUCGAAACGUGAGCAGCGUCUUCAGUUCGAAUUCUCAUCGUUCAGGCGUCUACGGCGACGUCCUGCGCGUGAAGAUCCUCUACAACAAGAAGGACAACGCCCUCAUCCAGUACUCCGAACCUCAACAAGCUCAGCUCGGUAACUAGCCUUUUUCAUUCAGUUACAUGAAAAAUACGGAGUAGUUCAGAGUAAAAUUACCUUCAUUUUUUGAAAUAAAAAGAAAAAAAAAACAUUGUUUUCAGCCUUGCAACACCUAGACAAGGCUCGUUGGCAGGAGCGUGUGAUCCGUGUCGCACCAUCAAAACACAACAAUGUGCAGUUGCCCAAAGAAGGUGGAUAUUUGGCUCAUACCUGAAGCUGUCAAAAACUACACGCCUUUGCUCCUGCCUCACCUGAACUUUUAGGCCAACCAGACGCCGGUCUCACGCGGGACUACUCCCACUCGACUUUGCACCGAUUCAAGAAGCCCGGCAGCAAGAACUACAUGAACAUCUACCCGCCGUGCAGCACUCUGCACCUCUCCAACAUUCCGCCCAACGUCACCGAGCAGACGCUCACCGAAGCCUUCGCCGCCGCCGGAUACACCGUCAAGGCCUUCAAAUUCUUUCCGUUAGUUAUACUUCCUCUCAAUGCACUGUCCAGGGGGGGCGAAGGAUGAGAAAGCUUUCUUUUAAUCACAAAAAACUCUUGAUGAAAACCUCAAAAAACUUGUUUUCUGAUCGUUCCAAUAAGGUUCUGAUCUUCUACGUUUUAAGAGUCAUUGUUCUCUGAAAAUUGAAAAAAGAUUGCCUAUUUUCUUUAUAUUUUCUAGGAUCUCAAGAAUUACCUAUCGACAGACAAAAAUCAGCACAUGGAAGACCUUGAAAGGCUUUGAAAAGUCCCCUUUUCGACAUACUCAGCCAUCAAAAAAGUCUUGUUGCAGGAAAGACCACAAAAUGGCUCUCUGCCAACUGGAAGACGUCGAAACGGCGACAGAAGCGCUGAUAAGCAUGCACAACUACAAGCUGGCUGAAAACGCCCACCUGCGGGUCUCCUUCUCAAAAUCGGGAAUUUAA